ACAAGGUUUCGCUUCAAUUGUUAAAAUGUUACUAGAAAAGGAUAAAAAUGCAGCUUACAUGGCUGACAAAGAAGAAGAGAAGACAGCUCCUCAUGUUGCAGCUAGUAAACGGAAAACAAAAGUGGUAGAGGAAUUCAUGUCAACUUGCCCAGAUUGCUUCGAGCAAGUUGACAAGAAGGGAUGGAGUGUCCUUCACUUUGCUGUAAAGGCGGAUAGAAAUAGAAGGGAAAUUCUUCGAAUAAUCUUAGAUAAUGAAUGCUUCAGCAACCUUAUAAACGCAAAGGAUAACUCUGGUGAUGCGCCUCUCCAUCAUUUGGUGAAUGCUAAUAAUCCCUUGGCAGUUGGCACUGGAUCUUGUUCAUCACCCAAAAUUGAAUUGGACAAAUCAGACACGAAGAUAAAGUCAAGGAAGGAGGGGGCAUUGCUGAUCAAAAAAGAAAAAAAGGAAGGAGGGGGAAUUGAAGAUCAGGAUGCAAUGAUGAAGGAUGAAUCAGAUCAGAAAAAAAAGGACGUACACGAGAAGGCCAGAAACGGACUGGAGCCUGUUUUCAGGUACCUGAAAGAUAUCAAUUUAGUGAUAGCAAUUCUCAUAUCAACUGUUACCUUUGCGGCUGGUUUCGCCUUACCCAGUGGCUAUACAAGUGACAAUAGUCCCAAUCAAGCAGGCUAUCCAGUUCUUAUUAGAAAGCUAGCUUUCAAAGUGUUUCUUUUUUCAAACACGAUUGCCUUUGUACUCGCCAGUUCUGCUGUAUUCCUUCACCUGUCUCGGUUACUGUAUACAAAGGCGACAAUCCUUGCUUCACGGAUGUCCUUGAUGUGCAAUUCUUCUGCCAUGAUUGCAAUGGUGGUUGCAUUUGCUUCGGGAACGUCGGCAGUUUUAACCCCAUAUCCGUCCCUUGUUGCUGAUAUUUGUGUCCUUUCUGCAGUUCUUUUCGCCUGCACAUUCCCAAAUAUUUAUGAAACUCUUCGAAUGUUAUAUUUCAUUGCUCGGAUUAUGGAGAAAGCAUAUGAACACCGUAAACUUCUGUCAGAAAAUGUUGGGAGCAAGUAAGGAAUUGGUCCUGCUUAAACAGCGCGUGCUAAUCAAGAGGGAAUUCCAUUUCUACUUGCAACAUUUCCAUCCUCUAUAUUGCUUCCUAGAAGAGUCGAGAGACCAGCUGAUUAUGAAAGUGUGUUUUUUUUUUUCUUUGGUAUUGCCUUGUGCAAUUUAUUUUAGGAAAUCUACUUUCUUUUUCUUUUUCUUUUUUUAAUAAAAAGCAAAUCUACUU